UCAGAAAGAACCGACUGGUCAUAUACUGUAGAUCUAAUUUUUAAAAAAAGGUGAGGGCCACCAAAACAAUUGUACACAUCGUUUAAAAGGACAAAAAAUUUAAAAUCAAAACUAGUAAAGAAGUGAGAAGAAACAGAAAAAAAAAAGGGGGACAAAAUUUUGGAACAGAAGAUAAAGCCAGAAUGCGCAGCUUACAGAAAUAAGACACACAUUCGGCUUUUAGCUUCAGGACAGCCUGCGCAGUGCAAGGAGCUGCGGCGUCUGUGGCGAAUACGCGCGCGCAGAGCUCUGCCUCCACAGCCCAAAGCCCGCAAGUGAAAGCCGAAUGCAGUGACUCCACCUCCUUCUGGAACAAAAACGCCGGGCAAACUGUUGCAGAGCAAACCGUUUUCCAAAUUGCCGUUUGGUGGAAGCGCCUGCAGGGGGCGCCCAAACAACUGUGUUUCGCAGGACGCUGAGUUGCCGUGAGAAUGGAUCACGCCGAACGAGUUCACGGAAAAUGUGGAAGAAUGCACCAAAACCAGGAAAAUCAGGAAACCGGCCUCUUGAUCGAAAGCUGUUCUUCAAAAUGCACUGGGACACCUUGGCCGCCCUGCGGACACGACGGCAGGCAUCUCGCCCGGGCCACCUGCAGCUGCAGGAGGCCGACCUGGUGGUGCUCCGGCUCCUGGAGGCCCUGCUGCAGAGCGGACCCCAGCUGCUGCUGCAGACCUACAUCUCUCUGGCGUCGGGCUUCACAGAUGCUGUGGCUGGGGUCAGCGCGCUGCUGUCCUGGUCCUCGCUGUCCUGGGCCCUCGUGUCCUACACCCGUGUCCUAGACGACAUGAAGCCGGGCCGCCGGGCCGUGCCACGGGCGGCCCUCUUCUGCCAGCAGCUCUGGCGGAUGGGCAUGUUGGGGACCCGCGUCCUGAGCCUGGUUCUGUUCGGCAGAGCUUACCGAGUUUGGGUCUUGGUGGUCGGAGGUGCCCACUGGCUGGUGAUGACGUUCUGGCUCGUGGCCCAGCAGAGUGACAUCAUAGACAGCACCUGCCACUGGAGGCUCUUCAACCUGCUCGUGGGGGCGGUGUACAUCCUCUGCUACCUCAACUUCUGGGACAGCCCUUCCAGAAACAGGAUGGUCAGCUUCUACUUGGUCAUGCUGCUGGAAAACGUCAUCCUUCUGCUGUUGGCCACGGACUUUUCCCAGGGGGCGUCGUGGAGCGGACUGUGCACCGUCGCAGGGGUGCUGUCUGGAUUUCUGAUUGGACAGGUGAGGUCUGUGGACCAUACCAUGCCACAGUGGUGCAGCCUCCCGGGCCCUGUGAGCUCAGCAGGGUCCCUCCUACACCUGAAGCCCCGGGCCAGCCGUCCCGCCCCACACCACAGACUCACGCCACCCACCUCCCGGACCUGCAGAGGAGCUAUCCUGGUGGCCACCGGCUCAUCCCAUGCGGAAUCAGCAUGGAGCACCACAGGCAGCGUCUCACUGGUCAUUUACUACAGCCUGCUUCACCCAGAGUCCCCAGGCAUCCGGCAGGACUUCGUGACAAAGUGCUGCGGCCUGGCAGAGGGGGAGUCUCCAGCCGUGGAGGGGCCCGCGAGCACAGGCUCGUGCCUAGCAGAGAGCUAUGAGCUGUCAAGUCUGCAGAAGCCCCCCAGCCCAGAGCAGGGCUCCCCGGGGCCAUGGCAUGGGGGCCAGAGUCCAGGGGACGUCUCUUUUCUCAGUCACCACCAUUGGCUGCUGGUAAAACUUGCCCUGAAAACCGGAAACAUGUCUAAGCUCCACGCCGCCUUCGGAGAAAGUGGUCCUCGCUGCUCUCCCCCUGCGUGGGGGUCAGUCCUGCUCUGCAAGGUUCAGCAAGCACCCCCCUCCCCUCCCCAAGACGCUUCAGCCUCUCAGGAAGGACCCGAGUUGCAGGGUGCCCCCAAAGCAGAGGCGGACUCGCUGGAAACCUCAAGCUACGUCUCUUUUGCCAGCAACCACCGGGACAGUGCACCUGCCCAGGGGUCCCCAGCAUGGCAGGGAGAGGGUAACCCAGGGGAGGGGCCCGAGGUGGGUCCUGGCACUCAGCAGAGGGGUGCAGGUGGGCAGCCAGGAGGGAGGGAGGGACAGCAGAGCACGACCCUGUACUUCAGUGCCACCACACAAGAGGCCGCGUCCUCGCCUCAGGAGGGCAGCACCCCGAGUCCCCGGGCGUCCCGCUCUGGGAGGGGACCGCAGAGAGGUAGUCCCGCCCAGUCGGCCUCGCCCCGGCCAGCUGCCAAGCCCUUUCCCUGCAGCAUGGCGGACAUCAGCCCCAUCCUCGGCCGGGGCCCAGGCAGAUGCUUCUGCCCCAGCGUGGGCCUCCAGGGCACAGCCCCGGGUCGCCAGGACGGGGAGGAGUGGCAGGAGCCCGCCAAGGACCCAAGCCACCCCGCUCCUGUGGACGUGCGCGUGUCCCUGCGGAGGCGCAGCCUGAGUCCCGCAGAACAGCCCUGCUUGACCUCCACCCCGAAGUCGGAGCCGAGCCCACAGGCCUGCAGCCACGGAGGCGGGCGGCAGCAGGAGGCCAGCUUCCUCGUCUGACCACAGCCACGGUGAGGGAU